GAAAUAUUACAUCAAGCUGAUCAAGCCAAUACAGACUGAUAUUGCUAUCAAAGUUAAGCGUAUCCUAGGAAACCGUAACAGACUUCUCAGUAUUGAAUGAUACAUAGAUAAAGGAUAUUUGCAGUUUUUAUCUAUUAUACCCUUUAUACACUAUCAUACUAUAUUUUUACAAAUUAUUAAAAGAUAAUAUUGUUGAGCUUGUAAAGUAGAUUUGAUCAUCAAAGCAUCGUGCACAUUGCAGAAUUGAGUUUUCUUUCUCUUAUUGCUAAAUAUUUCAGCUGACUCGAUCACUCUUGCUAAACUAUUGCAUUGACAUAAUUUCACAACAUAAAGGAACAAUGGCACCAACAAUACCAAAAAAGAUGGCCUCCAAAGUAUCGGAAAUAAGUAAAGAACAUCUAAGUUUAGCAAAAACUCACAUAUCACGACAGGACUUGGGUGCUGGUGAUAUGGACUGGAUACGAACAAGGCUUAUGCUGAGACCAGAUGAUCAAUUGCAAUUAACAGAAGCAGAAUUACAAGAGGAAUUCGCCAAAGUAUUAACUAUACACAAUACCAGGGUACCAGACUCCUUAGUUGAAUGGUCAUGGAAAUUACGUGAAUUUAUAAGAUUACCUCCUCCUCCGCAUUUAGUAACUCUACUGAAUAUAACUGGCACUAUAUUACACAAAGACUCUGAAGAAGCCAAAAUACAAUUGGCAGGAGGAAUUAUUGCUGAUGAGGAGACAGCAGACGGGAAAUUGAAGCAUGAUGAAGCUGAAGAAGAAGCAGAAUAUGAAGAUGAGGAAGAAGGUAGAACAGCAGAAGAAGUGGAUAAAACGGUGGAAGCGCUAGCCGAAGCUGAACGCGAACAAGAAGUUGAACUAGAACCUGAGGAAGAUGAAGUAGAAAAAGCAAAACCUAAGAAAAUACCUAAUCAAUUCAAUUUCUGUGAAAGGGCAGCGUUAACAUAUGAUAAUCCUAUGAGGGAUAUCAGCACACAAACUAUACCUCCACCUACUACAACCUUCAACGCUAGUGUCUUUCAAUGGACUAUCUUUGACGAGUAUCAGGAAGACUAUGCUCAACAACAACGUGAGAAAGAAAAAGAGAAAAAAGCGCCAUUGGCGCAAGCAAAGAAAGAAGACGUGAAGAAAAAAGUUCAAGUGGAAUCUUCAGCAAUGACAAAUAGAAUGCUACAAGCAGCCAAGACACUGGAACGAAUGGUGAAUCAAAACAUUUUUGAUGACAUAUCUCAAGAUUAUAGAUAUUGGGAUGAUCCAAGUGAUGAAUUUAAAGACGGCGAAGGCUCCUUAUUACCUCUGUGGAAAUUUUCUUAUGAAAAGACUAAGAAACACGAUAUCACGGACAUGUGCUUCAACAGCAGAUAUUAUGAUCUCUUUGCAGUCGCUUUUGGAACACUGUCGUUUAACAGUUCGAUAACAAAUGGCACAGUGUGCCUAUUCAGUUUAAAGAAUCCAUCGUAUCCAGAAUGGAUCUGUCCAACAGAAUCUCCCGUGAUGUGUUUAGACUUCAAUGCUCAACAUCCAUAUCUUUUAGUUAUCGGUACCAUGGAUGGAGCGGUAGCAGUUUAUAAUAUAAUGUUACCAUUGUCGACACCACAAUACAAGAGCAGUGAUGUUGUGCAAAAGCAUGGAGGGUUAGUAUGGGAGAUUCGUUGGGCUCCUGAUACAGAAGAAGGAAACCUCGCCUUCUUCAGCGUCAGUAUCGACGGCAAAAUAAAUCACUGGGUAUUAAACCAGAACGAUCUCGGUCUCACUACCGUUAUGACGUUGUUCCUAGACCGGCCGCCUAUACCAGGUCCGGAUGGCACAAUGAUUACGCUCAAAGGUUGCGGAACGUGCAUUGCAUUUCAUCCCGCCGAUCAGAAUGUUUUCCUGGUAGGCACCGAGGAAGGUACCAUAUACAAGUGCAAUACGGCGUACAGCAGUAUUUACAUGAGGACGUAUCACGAGGCACACACUAUGCCGGUAUAUCGGAUAGUCUUCAACAAGUUCAAUUCCAGCAUCUUUGCCAGCUGCUCGGGCGAUUGGCGAAUCAAAAUCUGGGAAGAUGAAAGACCAGAACCGUUGUUCAUGUUUGACUUGGGUGUUCCAAUUGGAGAUGUUCAAUGGGCACCAUAUAGUUCAACAGUGCUCGCUUGUGUAUCAAACGAUGGCAAAGUUACGGUGUUUGAUUUAAAUGUUAACAAGUACAGACCGAUCUGCAGUCAGCAGAUUGUCAGUAAACGAAAGAGCAGAUUGACCCGAUUAGCUUUUAAUAACGCGUUGCCGUUUAUAAUAGUUGGCGACGAUAAAGGUACUGUAAAUACACUUAAAUUAUCCCCAAAUUUGCGGAUAAAAGUCAAACCAACAAAGAAGCAACUACACUUGUCGCAAACAGAUUUGGAAUCAAUGAAAUUGGAAAAGUUGCUCAGUUUUGUACGAGAACCUCCAGUAUUGACCCCACCUAAAGAUGUAAGAACGGUCACCUAAAACUAAUACGUCAAACAGAAAUAUAAACAAAUUACAAUUUUUUGUAAACAACAGUGCUUUAUUAAUA